AUGGCUCUGAUCCAAGGCCCAUGGAUCCUUCUUGGGGACUUCAAUCUUGUCUGCAGCCCCGCUGAUAAGAACAAUGGCCAGAUAAAUUCCUCCCUCGCCUCGGCCUUCAAUGAAGCCAUUCUUGAUCUCCUACUGAUUGAAAUAGAGCUCUCGGACAGGUUGUAUACCUGGACCAAUAAGCAAUCCAAUCCCAUCCUUGCAAAGCUUGACAGAGCGUUCACUAACUUCGACCUUGAUCAACUUUUCCCAAUGGCUAAUCUGUCAUCCCUCCCUAGACCCACCUCCGACCACACUCCCGUAAUGCUCACACUAUCAACCACCCUCCCAAAGACAACUACCUUCCAUUUCGAAAACUUCUGGUUGCACAACAGUUCCUUCCUCCCCCACGUUACUGAUGCCUGGAACCGGGCUCCUAUGUGCGCGGAUGCAGCAAGGCAACUCGCUGUGUGUAUCAAGUCGACCAGAACUGCGAUCAAGGUUUGGGCGAGGUGUAUAAGGGCACCAAUCCACCAAAUAAAUGACUGUCAAUUCCUUGUCCAGCUUUUUGAUUUCUUUGAAGAGACACGUGCACUAUCCAAUGAUGAAUUUCAGGCACGGCAGCUAGCUCAAGAAGGACUUGAAAGUGCAAUCAAAGCAAAGGCCUCUUAUUGGAAGCAAUGUAGCAAACACAAAGCCAUCAAAGAAUCAGAUGCCAACACUGCAUUUAAUCACACAAAUGCCACUCAGAGGUUCAGACAUAAUAAUAUCAGACUUGUCAGAGUAAAUGGCAAUGACAUUGUUAACCAUGAUGGAAAGACAUUAGCUCUCACUGAUUUUUUCAGUUCCAUCAUUGGAAAUCAAGGCUCCUCAGCUGCUAUAUGCCUCAGUAACCUUUACAAGGACGCCUACACUCCGGCUGCAACCCUCACAGCGCCAUUCACAGAAUCUGAAGUGAAAAAGGCCCUGUUGUUGAUGAACCGAAAUAGUGCUCCCGGCCUUAAUGGUUUUAGACUAGCUUUUUAUAGAGCGGCAUGGCCGCUUGUCAAGGAUCAGAUCAUGCAGUUUAUGGUGGCCUUUCAUUCUAGAUCCGUCUCACUUGAUUUCAUCAACCGAUCACACAUGGUUCUCAUCCCAAAGAAAGUUGGUGCAGUUGAGGUUGAUGCUUUCCGUCCGAUAUGCCUCCAGAACUGUACAAUGAAGAUCCUAUCAAAAGUCCUCACCUCAAGGUUGCAGGAUGAGAUCCCAAGGCUCAUUGACAUUCAUCAAACUGGGUUCAUCAGGGGAAAGUCAAUCUCAGAUACCUUUGUGCAUGCAAUGGAAUUGGUGCAAGUUUGCAACAAGAGGAAGCUGCCAACUAUCAUUCUGAAAUUGGACUUUGCCAAGGCCUUCGACAUGGUUAAUUGGGAAGGGAUGUUCUGUGUCCUGUGUGAAAGAGGGUUCAGUGAUCUUUGGGUUAAAUGGAUGUCUGACAUCCUCAGUUCCUCAAAGAGUGUGGCUCAUCUCCUAAACCCCAUGGGAAGAACAGUGCUCAUCAAUUAUGUCCUGGACUCUCAACUUGUUUACUGCAUGAGCUCUCUACAGUUGCCUCCUGCAGUGAUUACACAGAUGGACAAGAAACGGAGGCCUUCCUCUGGUCAGUUCGAUGUCUGGGCAGGAGAUGAAGCCUUAGCAGACUCCUACCCUGCCCUCCUAAGCCACCACUCAAAACAUGACGCCACUAUCCAGGAGGUGAUCAGCAAUGGCAUCCAUGCUGGUCUCAGAAACCGGCUGUCACCAAGGGCUGCCCAAGAACUAACCCAGCUCGGCACCUCCAAGAGUGAAAAUGUUCAUGUGGCUUCUGCUCCAGUGAAGGAUCCAAUGCAGGACGGUGCUACACAAGAAGCAUGUCCUCCCUGA